UAUUCAUGAGAAAAAGUUUUCGCGAUGGCCGAUGUGUUUGUUCAGUGAAACUAAGUCGUAGGGCGGUGGACCACCUUCUCAAAUUCAGCCAUAUUGGUAGGCGUCUGGACGUUUGCUAGGAUGUCGGCAGAACGAGAAGCCCUUGUAUACCGUGCGAAGUUGGCGGAGCAGGUUGAAAGAUAUGAUGGUAAAUUAUCUGGAUAUUAGCUUCUGAUAUCAUAUUUGAUGCAUUUACUAACGGUCACUUAAUUAUUUAACAGAGAUGGUUGAAGCUAUGAAGAAGGUUGUGGAGGGUGGUGAAGAGUUGACAGUUGAGGAACGUAAUUUGCUCUCUGUUGCUUAUAAGAAUGUCAUUGGAUCUCGGCGAUCAUCUUGGCGUGUGUUUAGUGCGGUUGAGCAGACUGAAGAACGCCGAGGUAACAAGGACAAGCAAGCUGCUGCAAAGCGUUUCCGUGAAGUUUUGGAAGGUGAAUUAGACCACGUAUCCAAGGAAAUACUGGGUCUCAUUGAUAAAUACCUGAUCGAAUCCGCGUCAAAACCUGAUUCAAAAGUUUUCUAUCUCAAGAUGAAAGGUGAUUAUUACCGUUACAUGGCGGAGUUCUCCGUCGACCCCCAACGCAAAGAAGCGGCUGUGAAAAGCGAUGAUGCUUACAGAGAGGCCUCAGAUAUUGCUGCAACUCAGCUGGCGCCAACUCAUCCAAUCCGAUUGGGAUUAGCUCUAAACUACUCAGUUUAUUUCUAUGAAAUUAUGAACAACCCAGUCAAGGCGUGUGACCUUGCACGUUCUGCAUUUGAUGAUGCUAUUGCCAAACUAGACCAGUUGUCAGAAGAAAGUUACAAGGACUCCACUUUGAUCAUGCAGUUGCUACGAGACAAUCUAACGUUGUGGACUUCGGAUCCUGAGGGAGAAGAAGAUGCAAAGAAAAACACGGACGAGAAAGCCUAAUGCUUGGCCGUGAUUGAUGCUGGUGCUUGCUACCGUGGCCAGAGUUGCUUUUAGGGAUAAUUGAAUUUUCUGACAUAACGUCCCCGAGAGUCAUGUAGGUGCACACCAGUAGUGCAAUCUAUCGUUUUACCAUUUUACUUUUUUGUUUCAAAUUAUUGCAAAGUUCUCUUAACAUGCUAAUUUCUAUAUCUUCAUGGUUAUGUUCAUUUAGGUAGUCAUUGUAUCAUCUUUAACUAUUAAUACUAUUACAAAUCCUUAAAAGUUGACAUGUUGCUACUAUCUGUCUGUGGCAGAUUUUUCAUGUUGUCUGAAAUUGGUCCUCACAUAUACAAAUCCGAACACGUAUUAUUUUGUUCGGAUAAACAUGUAUUGCUUCGUUUCAUAACCUCACUAAGGAGAUUUUACGCAUAUUUUAUCUCAAGUUCUACAGAAGCGUAUGUAUGAAAUCAUUUUGCUUUGUAUUUCUUUCUUUUCCUAAACAUCCAAGUUAACUACUUGGCAUAUAAAUCUAUUGAAUAUAACCACAGUUGUGCAUGCUUUCACUUAGCAGAUGUUAUUUGGAGAGUAGAGCUAGGUGAUUAAGUAUUGUUAGCAUAUUCCAUUUGAAGUACCUACAUUUAGUGUAUCGAA